AUGGAUCACGAUGAGAUUGAUGUUCCUACCUAUUUUCUCUGUCCCAUAUCAUUAGAAAUCAUGAAGGAUCCAGUAACAGUUUCAACUGGCAUAACCUACGACAGAGAAAGCAUCGAAAAAUGGCUAUUCUCAAAGAAAAACAAAACAUGUCCGAUCACAAAACAACAGCUUUCAGAUUACACUGAUCUAACACCAAACCACACGCUUCGAAGACUCAUUCAAGCAUGGUGUACACUAAACGCUUCACAAGGAAUCGAAAGGAUCCCAACUCCGAAACCACCUAUCAACAAAAUCCAAAUCGCAAAACUCAUCAAAGAAGCUUCUCAUUCAAAUCUCAACAUUCAGAUUAAAUCUCUCAAAAAACUUAAAUCAUUUGCUUCUGGAAGUGAAACAAAUAAACGCUGCAUGGAAGAUGCUGGUGCUGUUGAGUUCUUAGCUUCUAUUGUGAUAAACAAUAGUUGCAACAUCGAUUCCGCGUCUUUGUUAGUAUCAGAAACUAAUGUUAAUCCUGUUGAUGAAGCAUUAAGCAUACUUCAUAACCUUCAUGUAUCUGAAGCUGGAUUGAAGAACCUACUAGCUUUCAAAAACUGCGAAUUCAUCGAGUCGUUAACAAAAGUUAUGCAGAAAGGUUUCUUCGAAUCAAGAGCUUACGCAGUUUUCUUACUCAAAUCCAUGUCAGAAGUAGCUGAACAAGUGCAGUUACUCCAUCAAAAAACCGAGUUAUUCGUCGAACUGGUGCAAGUUUUGAAGGAUCAAAUAUCACAAAAGGUAUCAAAAGCGGCACUUCAGACACUAAUCCAUCUCUGUCCAUGUGGAAGAAACAGAAUCAAAGGUGUUGAAGCAGGAACAGUUCCGGUCCUAAUCGAACUUCUGUUAGAGAAUUGCAAAGACAGAAAACCUAAUGAAAUGAUGCUGGUUUUGCUGGAGUGUCUCUGUCAGUGUGCUGAAGGAAGAGCUGAACUUCUGAGACAUGGUGCAGGAAUGGCUGUUGUUUCGAAGAAGAUUCUUAGGGUUUCCUCGGUCGCAAACGAUAGAGCCGUUCGGAUUCUGUUAUCGGUUUCGAGAUUCUCCGCAACUCAUAAUGUUGUUCAAGAAAUGCUUAAGCUUGGUGUUGUUGCUAAACUUUGCUUGGUUCUUCAAGUUGAUUGUGGAAGCAAGACUAAGGAGAAAGCUAGGGAGAUUCUUAAGAUGCAUGCUAGGGUUUGGAGAGAUUCUCCAUGCAUACCUAGUAAUUUGCUUUCUUCAUACCCUAAUUAUAUUUGA